UCGGUAUAGCUGAACAGUCCGGGUGUUUUAGUUUUUUUUUUAUCUCCCCCCCCCUCCACCUCACUCUCUCUCAGGCUGCACACGAGGGCAACGUGAGGAGAAAGUUUAUGACGGAGGGGGGGCCCGUUUGUCUGUGACUCCGUUGUGCCUUCUGUAAUCUGUUUGAUGAUGGGGAAGUGAACCGGCUCCACCGGCGAGGAGGAACCCACCCUGCGCGCUUCAUACGUAGCCUACAAACUAGCAACUGCGCGCCACCUUUUCUUGCACGGUUUUAUUCCAGCGGCCGCGUCCCCGCUCCUCCUCCUCCUCCUCUUCCUCCUCAUCCUCCUCCUGUGUGCAUUGUGCCCAGUUGUGUUGUGAGGUGUAGAUGGGAUCCUCCACCCUCACGCAGGCUCCAACUCCGCGCGUUGUCCGCCCGCUCAGCGGUCCAGUGCCGCAGCUCCCACGGGCUGCGCUGUGGAGAAGCGAACCUGCAUCCUAAAGCCAAGCGGUUUUCUUUUUCUUUUUUUCUUUUUUAUCCUCCACCUCAUUGCAGUCUUAUCACGUCCCCCCCCUUUGCUCUGGUCCCCCCUCCCUCCCCAUCCGCCUCGGUCGCUACAGGAGAGGAGAGGAGAGGAGAGGAGAGAGAGAGAAAGAGAGAGAGAGGGGGGAGAAGAGUGCGGCUGAAUGUGAACGACAUGUCGACAGUCAGCCUCUAAAGUGUUUUCUCGGUCGUUCCCUAAUUCUUUGGCGGCGGACUGAGUGAGUAUUACCCGCAUCCCUGCUCUGCUUAACGUCGCUGUGUGGAUCAGAGAAGGCUGGUGGGGAGGCACAGACAAUGAGGAAUGCAAUUGGAUUACUCUGCCAAGGAUUUUCAUACAUAGCCUGUGCGGUUGAAGGGCCGAUGCCGGGCUGUAGCCCCAGGCUGUUGAGCUGAGAGGGAGAACAGGAGGAUGCAGUGGGUCACUCUGGCAGUGGCCCUGGGGUGUGUGUGUCUGUCCCAGGCCUCGCACACCCCCACCCCCACCCCCACCUCCACACACACCCCUCUGGUGGACAACUCCGAGGAGGAAGUGGACGAGCCGUGCUUCGAGCCGUGCACGUGCGAGGUCAAAGAAGGCGUGCUGCACGUGCACUGCGAUGGGCGGGGCUUCACCAAUGUCAGCCAGGUGUCACAGUCGUGGGUCCGCCCUUUCAAACUCAACCUCCAGAGGAACUCUCUGAGGCGUCUCUAUAGCAACGGGUUUCAGCACCUUGGCAACGCAGUGUCUAUAAACCUUGGCAACAAUGCACUCCAGGACAUCCGAGUGGGAGCCUUCAACGGGCUGGCCAAACUGAGACGUCUGUACCUCCACGAGAACAAGCUGGAGGUCUUCAGAAACGACACCUUCGCCGGCUUAGAGGCCCUGGAAUACCUCCAGGCUGACUACAACGUGAUCAAACGAAUUGACAGCGGUGCUCUGAGGUUCCUCUACAAGCUCCGGGUUCUCAUCCUGAAUGACAACCUGAUCCCCGUCUUGCCUGCUCAUCUGUUCAGAUCUGUGUCUCUGACUCAUCUGGACCUGCGGGGAAACCGUCUGAAGAGCCUGGCAUAUGCUGGGACCCUGGAGUACGUUGGCCGCUCCCUGAUGGAGCUACAGCUGGAGGAGAAUCCCUGGAACUGUGGCUGCGAGGCAGUGCAGCUCCAGCAGUGGCUGGGUCAGAUUCCCUACACGGCUGUAGUCGGGGAUGUUACCUGUGAAUAUCCCUUCCACCUUCACGGCAAGGACCUGAGGGAAAUCCCCCGCAAAGAGCUGUGUGCUGACCUUCCGGAUAAAGAUCUGCAAGGAGAGGGGGGUGGUCCAUCAGCAGGAUCACAGCCCCAGCAUUUGCCUCCUAACUCUAAACCCAACUCCCAUCCUGGCCGAGUCAGGCCGACGAAGCCCUCCUCUAUGGUGCACGGCUCCCGCCAGAACACUCAUACUUCUUCCACUUCGUCGUCCUCUUCCUCAGCGGAGCGCAAAGACCGGGAGAGGCACCCAAGGCCGACUAAAAGGCCUCGACCAUCCAGGAUAUCCCCCACACCUCGCAGUCUGAUGCCCAACCAGAAUCCCCCCGUGGCCGGUUACCAAACACGACCCCCCAUCCCUAUCAUCUGUCCCCUGGGCUGCACUUGCAACCUGCACAUCACGGACCUGGGCCUCACCGUCAACUGCAAAGAGAGCGGCUUCCUCAACGUGUCUCAGCUCACGCCUCGGCCUCUCAACGGCCGCAAGCUCUACCUGAGCGGAAAUCUAAUCCAGAGGAUCUACCGCACAGACUUCUGGAAUUUCUCCAGCCUUGACUUGCUUCACCUGGGGAACAACCGCAUCUCGUACCUCCAGGAAGGCGCCUUUUCCAGCCUGACUAGCCUGAGGAGCCUCUAUCUGAACGGGAACAACCUGGAGAGACUUAGCCCUCACAUGUUUCUGGGGCUGCAGAACCUAAGAUACCUAUAUUUUGAGUACAACGAGAUCCACGACGUAGAUCCAGGCACCUUUGACUCCAUGCCAUCCCUCCAGUUGUUGUUCCUCAACGCCAACCUGCUACGGAGCCUCCCCCUCGGUGUGUUCUCCAGAGUCAAUCUGGCUCGCCUCAAUCUAAGGAAUAAUCACCUUCUGCAGCUUCCUAUGGAGGGCGUGUUGGAACACCUCACCGGCCUGGUGCAGGUGGACCUACAGCAGAAUCCAUGGGAGUGCAACUGCGAGGCAGCCCCUCUGAAGCGCUGGCUGGAGGGCCUCAGCGCCGUGGUGGUGGUGGGAGAGGUGGUGUGCCAUUCCCCGGAAAAGACCAAAGGCGUCGACCUGCGCUCCCUCUCCAUGGAGCUGCUCUGCCCCGAGCUGGAGCCCCAGGAGGACCAGGAGCACGAGGAACAGACAGCCACCUCCACCGCCGCAGACGGCGGCGUAUCAGUCAGCUACCCGGGCUCAGGGCUGGGACCCCCGAUCCCCCCGGGGAAGGACUCAAUCCCUCUGUCGGUGUUGGUGCUCAGCCUGCUGGUGUUGUUUGUCUCGGCGUUCUUCGCGGCGGCUGCGCUAAUCGCCUACGCCCUCAGGAGGAGGGACAAGCUGCCGUUCCGCCGCCAGGGAGAGGUCGACUUGGCCGGCAUCCAGAUGGAAUGCGGAAUCUUCACCGAGCAGACGCACCACCACCACCACCACCACCAUCACCACGGCCUCCCGGAGACGCCGCCUCUGCCGCUGCCCGAGCACAACCACGUCUACGACACGAUCUUCCCCCCGGAGGCUGCUUCUAAAGGUCUCGACCCUGCAGCGGCAGCAGCUGCAGCAGCGGCCGCCGCACGCAUGUGUAGCAACCCCAUCUACAAAGAGGAGCAGGACGCGGCGGUGAAACAGCGCCCGCAGCAGCAGCAGCAGCAGCAGCAGCAGCAGCAGCAGACAUUUGCAGCUUCAUCGAAAGAGCCCGAAGGGGGAUACUCUUCUGCAACAGAGAAGGAUCGGGAGUGGUCCCUGGAGGUGUCCUCCUCACCCAUCAACACUGUUGCAGGAGCCAUGGGGCCGCUCGCCGGGCUCCACGGCAACGGCAUCCUGUGCCCCACAGUCAUCGACAGCCAAGGGCCAACUCCUAAGGUCGAGCUGGUGGACUGCCUCUUCAGACUUCCCACUCCUGAGUUCCGAGAUCUUCCGGACAGGUACGGGAGGCCGCCACCCCGCUACCCCCACCCACAGGACUCCAAGCAGGACGCAAGACCUGACCAAACUCUCGUAGUCACCACUGCCAGCUCCACAGCGGGCGGCGGCAGUCAGGACGAGCAGGGAGCAGGAGAGCAGAGGGCCGCACUGAGGACCACACCGGACUACAUGGAGGUGCUGGAUGGCUCCUACCAGUUUUAACACUCCUCCGCUUCCUUCCCCUUCCUCUGCCUCCUCUCCCCGCUGCCCCUCUUCUCCUCCUGUCUCCUCAUCAUCUCCCUCUCUGGCGGUGAAUCAUCCAGUAACAAUGACUCCUGUACAGAGGUUGGCAUGGCUUUGAGAGGAGCCUGUGGGGGAGCGGGACUACACUACACACUAUGUUUAUUCCUGGAUAACAAGCUGAGGUCAGUUUUUGUAUUUUCCCCACUCCUGGCAUAUAGGUUGGUGUUUGGCAAGGAUUAGCUGAUCCCAGAUCUCCGCCUGGAGGCAAAACUUCAGCUGCAGCUACUACGUUAUUUCCCUCUCCACAGUCAUAAAAUACCAAGGCUCGGUUCUUUUUUUUUUUUUUUUUUCCCACUCGGCGCCACAAUUAGCGGGAGACAGCGCGGUGGUAGCGGCGGUAGGCGUUAAUGUUCGUGCUACCACUCUCGAAAGACCUGCGUGGAGGUGAAACACACCAGCUGCUCAUUGCAACAUCAAACACGGAGUCAUAAACUGGGACAGCCGGAAGGUGUGGAGCGAGCUGGAGCGAGCGAUGGAGAAACGAGAGGGGCGAAGCGGGAAGAGAAAUAACCGAAAAAAACAGCCAAGUGCCUUAGUAAUGAACAGCCAGCAGUGUGGUCAAUGCUUAUUUUUCUAUGAAUACAGAUCUAUUUAUCUAAACAAAGAGGUUUGACUACCAAUGGAUGGGACGCUGAUGGACGACUGAGACUAAAACCAAUCAAAAAACAACCCGCCGAAUAAUUGCAUUCCCUGGAUGAGCCAAAAAUAAUAAUAUACCCAGUCAAUAUUGGAGUUGUUUGUAUGCAGUUCUGUUCAUUUUCAUCAUGCCAUCCAGUUAAUUUAAUUUGCUCGUCCAGCUACCCAGGAACAGUUUGUUUCUGUGUGAAUUCAUAAAAAAGGUUCUGGUUUUAUAUGGAAGACAGGAUACAGUUUUUUUUUUUUUUUU